AUGGUUUCAAGCGUAUUGGCUGAAGGUCAUGGCAAUUUCAGAGUGAAGCUCGCACUAAGUUUAAUAAGCUGCAAAAAGCUUAUUUUAAAAUGUAUCAGACAUAAAUCCGCAAACCCUGGUGUAGAUGAUGCAGAAGUAUGCCUUCUAAAACUCGUCGAUGAAAUAUCGAAUGGAUCAGUAAUUAAGAUAAAUGAUACAGGUACGGCUGUCACAAUUUUUCCGGGCACACUGGUUGGAGGCACUUUCACUUUUGAAUGCUGUAAGAGCAGAGGACUGGGUUAUUAUGUAGAAUUCCUACUCAUGGUUGCACCAUUUUGCAAGACACCGAUUGAAGCUACUUUGACUGGGGUUACUAACAUUCCUCAUGAUCCCUCUUUGGAUAUGAUAAUACAGUCGUGGUUACCAAUUUACAAAAGUGUCAUCGGUUUGAGUGCCAGUGCAUCCAUUAAAAUCGAUAUUCUGAAACGUGGAGUUUUUCCUGGUGGUGGUGGUGAAGUAUCGCUUUUCCUCAAACCGUGCAGCGGAAUUACUCCUAUGAAUAAAGUAGAUGUUGGAAAAGUGUAUAGAAUUCGUGGUAUCGCAUGGAGUUGUCGUGUCAGUUCAUCGUAUGGACAACGUGUGGUUUGUGGUGCAAAAGCAUUGUUGAAUCGAUUUUUGAGUGAUGUGUAUAUUACGUUAGAUCAUCGAAAGGGUCAGUAUUCAGGCCAAAGUCCUGGAUUCGGCUUAACUCUAUGGGCAGAGCGUAAAGAUGGUGGGUUAUAUUCUUCAGAAGCAAUGUCAGAUCCAGAGGGGAAUGAUAGCACUUUUAUGGAUGCAGAAACCAUUGGAAAGCUAGCAGCAAGCAGAUUGUUAGAUCAGAUCUACAGAGGAGGAUUUAUUGACUCAGGAAGUCAAUCUUUAGCUUUCAUUCUCAUGGCUUGUGAAAGUGGACGGAACGCAAGUCGGCUAGCUGUGGGAAAUCUUUCCGACUAUUCUGUUUAUACACUAAGACUAAUUCGACAAUUCCUUGGGGUUACAUUCAACUUUCAAUACGAAGCUGUGAACGCAACCGUCAAGCCAGUAGAAGGAGGAGGAGAAGAAGGGGAAGAAAAGAAAGAAGAGGAUGAAGAAGAGACAAGCAAAGUUAGCGAAGAACCUGUAGAUUCCGACAGAAAAAUACUUAUUGCAACUUGUUUUGGAGCUGGUAUACAAAAUGUUAAUAAAUCCAUUAGAUAA